AUGCGCUCCUUUGCCCUCCUCAGCCUUGGCUUCAUCGCCUCGGCGGCCGCCCAACUCGUCCAGACCGGCGCCUCCGUCAAGCUCAAUGACGUCUACUACUACGUUUCCCCGUACUCGCAGGGCAAGGCUUACGAUGGCCCUUUCAACGUCAAGAGCCUGCCUCGUGCCUUUGGUUUCACGCCCAUCACCGUCGUCGCUGACGAGCUCGAGAAGGAGUCGCUUGAGGGCCUCUUCGGCAACUGGACAACCAAGGACGACGUCUGGCAGCCUGCGUUCCUGUCGGCCAUCUUCCUCGCGGGCCAAAAGACGCCCUGCCUGACCAAGGCCAGCUACCACGAGGACGUCUCCUCCAUCGUCGUGCCUCUCAACAAGGACGCCAAGCUCCCUUCGGGUCCUUACUUCCUCGACACCUCCAGCGGCGAGGUAUACCAGGCCUUCCGUCUGUACGCCGACUUUGCCGGCGCCUUCACCGAGUCUCUGAUCCAGGCGCCCAAGGGCGACCUCUUCCAGCCCCUUUCUGCCCAGAUCCCUGCUUCCGCAUCGUUGACCAUCGGUGUCCCCUCGCGCUUGUACUUUACCAAGACGGCUGAGAAGCCCCUGGCUGGCGUCCGCAUUGGUGUGAAGGACAUCUAUGACCUCGCUGGCGUGAAAAAGUCGAACGGCAACCGCGCCUGGUACGGCCUUUACCCUGCCGCCGGCAAGACGGCAACGGCCAUCCAGAACCUCAUUGACGCCGGUGGUAUCGUCGUCGGCUACCAAAAGACGUCACAAUUCGCCAACGGCGAGUCACCCACUGCCGACUGGGUCGACUACCACGCGCCCUUCAACCCACGCGGCGACGGCUACAACAACCCCUCCUCCUCAUCUGCCGGCGCCGGUGCCUCCGUAGCAUCCUACCAAUGGCUUGACAUCGCCGUCGGCUCGGACACGGGCGGUUCCAUUCGCGGCCCUGCCGGUGUUCAAGGCCUCUUCGGCAACCGCCCCUCGCACGGCCUCGUCUCCCUUGCCAACGUCAUGCCUCUGUCGCCGACCCUCGACACCCCGGGUUUCCUCGUUCGCGACCCGGAGAUCUGGGACGCCGCCAGCAAGGCCAUGUACCAGGGCAACUACACCUCCCUCGCCAGCGGCAAGGCCAAGUACCCCACCAAGCUCCUGACCCUUGGCUUCCCCGCCUCGACGACACCCGCUGGCCGCAUCCUCAACGACUUUGCCGCCAAGCUCGCCAGUCACGUCGGCGGCAAGCUGACGGCCUUGGACCUGAAUGCAGCCUGGUCAUCCUCGGCGCCAGCCGGCGCAAAGGGCGCGUCGCUCAGCGACCUCCUCUCCGCGACGUACGCGACCCUCAUCACAAAGGAGCAGAUUGCUCUUGUCCGCGAGCCCUUCUACGCCGACUACGCCGCGGCCCACGGCGGACGCCGCCCCUUCGUGAACCCUGUGCCCCUCUCCCGCUGGGGCUGGGGCGACUCGGUCCCGGACAGCUGGCACGCCGAUGCGCUGGCGAACAAGACGCUCUUCAUGGACUGGUUCAACUCGGAGGUUGUGCCGGUAUCCAGUGACGCCGCCCAGUGCACUGAAUCACUCGUCCUCUACGUUGGCAGCACCGGGUCUGCGAGCCCGAGGAACAGGUACACAAGCGCACCGGGCGUGCCGCUCGGCUUCAGCAGCAGUCGUAUCUCCGUCUUUGCCGAGGUGCCUGACCUUGUGUUCCCGCUCGGCGAGGUCGCGAGCCUCAGUAGCAUCACCGGUGUUGAGGAGAAACUCCCUGUGGCCGUAGACAUCAUGGCUGCCAAGGGGUGCGAUGGUGUUAUCGUCAAGCUGGCGAAGGAUCUUGUGGCCGAGGGUGUGCUGACGGUGCCCAAGGCGGGAGCGACACUGGAGGGUGGCGAGGUGCUGUUGAGGAGAGAUGAGGUGCAUGGUUACUAUUAG